CAUGAAUUCCAAUAUUGAACUUCGAUUAACUCUCCGUCAGCUUCACAACACCCUCAAUUGACGCCGCGAUCAAACCAACUCUUCACGGUGGCCUUAGGUGACAUUCCGCGAUGAAGGCCGUGAUCGCCGUCCCUGCGACGCUCGCCCUCGUUUAUCGGGCUUAUUCUCACAAUUCCCUAACACCACUUGGUAUUGUAACCGCUGCGUUGACUGCUGCUGCCCAUGCCGUUCACCCCUGGAAUCUACCCUUCGUUCUCCUCUGCGUCUUUUUCCUAGCCGGUACUCGUGUCACCAAGAUAAAAGCAAAUGUCAAAGCAGGCCUUACGCUCCACUCCCAGGGGAGUACCGGAGGCGAAGGCCCAAGAACACACGUUCAAGUGCUUGCGAACUCUCUGAUGGGCUCUAUUCUAACCCUUUUGCACGCUUACCAGCUAAGUGCACGGAGAGAUGCGGCAGUUAUCAAUAAGGAGGUUCCCGAUGGCUCGUUCUGUUAUAGAUGGGGUGGCGAUCUACUAGUCCUUGGUGUGAUCGCCAAUUAUGCCGCCGUUUGCGCUGAUACUUUCUCCUCCGAGCUCGGCAUAUUAUCCCGCACCCCCCCGAGAUUGAUUACUUCUUUUUCCCUGCGUAGGGUGCCUCCAGGUACAAACGGAGGCGUUACGUUAUGGGGAUUGUUCGCAGGCUUCUUGGGAUCUGUGAUCAUCGUCACUAGCGCUUUGUUGUUUCUUCCGUUUUGUGGCGAGGAUACCAAGGGUAACGUUGGCGGCGGCAAGAGCUGGACUACUGGCCAGAAAGUUACGCUUGCAUGUGCAUUGAGCUUAUGGGGUGCGUUAGGUAGUCUGCUGGACAGUUUACUUGGAGGCUGGUUCCAGAGAAGCGUCCGAGACGUGCGCUCAGGAAAAAUUGUCGAGGGAGAAGGGGGCUCUCGCGUAUUAACGUCUCUGUCAGGCACUGAACCUUAUAAGCGCCAGGAUAUGAAAGUGAACGCUAGUACUGCCACAAAAGCUAGUAUACUCCAUGGAGAAGGAGAGAAUGCUGUCGAGAGCCGAACGGAUCCAUCCCAAGUUGUUGUGGGCGACUCUUCCAAGGAUCCCUACGAUCCGAAAGAUAAGCAUCGAAUUUCUCAUUUUGGCGAUCGGAAGCCUACGCGUGUGACGGAGAGCGGCUUUGACUUACUAGACAAUAAUGAUGUCAAUUUCCUAAUGGCCUUUACAAUGAGCGUCGGCGCUGUUGUUAUCGCUGGUUGGUAUUGGCAUGUACCUCUGAGGGAUAUUCUGAAAGUCUGAAUUCGGUACAAAGGAAGACGAGAGAUAUAGGAACUAGAUGGCAAUUGACCAUGGCUCAUGAUACUCUACGUUUGUCUGUUUAAUCAACCCCUCUUGUUCGUUAGCCUCUUAGCAUAACUACGACGGCGCUAUGCGGUUUGUCCAUAUCAUGACAAUACCAUAAAGGUCUCUUAUAACCUUA